AUUUAAAAUGAAUCAGAUGCCUAAAUGAAAAGCUAAAACAAUAAAAUAAUGUCUAAGAAGAAAACAGGAGGAAAUCAUGACCUUGAAGCAGACAAAGUAUUCUAGACUUCACACUAAAAGCAUCCCCACAAAAGGAAAACAUUUGAUGAAUUGGAAUUGGUCAAAACUGAAACCUUUUGAUCUAAAAAAGACACUGGUAAGAAAAUAAAAAGACAAACCACAGACUUGGAAAAAAUAUUCACAAGACAAAUACCUAUCAAAUGACUAAUAUCCAAAAUACAUAAAGGACUAUUGCCGGUACACAAAUAGUCCAAUAAAAAAAAAUAAAUGGACUGGAGACUUUAAUAGACACAUCACAAAAAAAGAUAUAUAAAUUAGGAAUCAUUAAUAUAAAAAUAGAUUAAGAUACCACUACACAGCAAUAAAAAGCCUAAAAUUAUGAUUGACAGUACCAAGUGUUGACGUGGAUACGGAGCAACUAGAACUCUCAUGAAUUGCUGGCAGAAAUAUAAAAAUGGAAGAAAUACCCACAAAACAGUUGAGUGAAUUCUUGUAAAACUAGGCAUCAAUUUACCACAAUACCCAUUAUUUCCAUACCUGGCUAUUAGCCCAAGAGAAAUGAGAAUAUGUCCACACAAAGGUGUGUGCCUGUAUGAUCCCAGCACUUUAAUCCAUGAUAGCCCCACACCAGAAGCCACCAAGAGCCCAUCAACGGGUGGAGAGAUUCCUUGUGCUAUAUUCAUAUCACAUAAACAUUCACCAAUAAAACAGAACACAUGGAAACAAUGGAAGCUUCUCAGAAGCAUAUUGAGCAAGAGAAACUAAACACAAAGGCAUAUACCUUGUGAUUCCAUUUCUACGAAGUUACAGAACAGGCAAAAAUGACCAUCAGGUGGCAGGGAGAACAUGAGUGGCUCCCUCCAGCAGAGUCAGGGUAAGGAGGGAACUGUCUGCAAAGGAGCAAAGGGACCUUCCUAAGAUGAUGGACGUGUUUCAGAUCUUUGGGGCGAUAGAUAGUCCACAGACGCUGCUGGCCUUGCUGGUCUUGGUGCUGUACCUGACCACAGGAAUAUCAGGAAGAAGCUGGGAGAUGUCUGAAAGGAUCAGGGAAUGUGGCCACCCCCAGCAUCCUGUGUCUCCCCAGGGCUUUUACUAUCACCCCAUCGACCCUGCUGAAGAGCCCAUCAAAGUCCUCAGGAACUGGGUGAAGAAGAAUUUGCAUGGUUUCUUGGAGACAUUGGAGGAAGAAGUGAAGGAGCUGGAGCGGCUGGUGCGAGACCUGGAAUCCUGGCUGGACGCUCUCCUGGGAGAGCCGCACCCACACCCGGAGGAGCCCUGCUCCACCCACAAGGCUCCCCUGUGAGCUGGGGCCCUGGAGCCCUGGGGCUGGUGGGAGAGAACAGGGAGGAGGCUGGGCUCUGAUGCAGGAUCCAGGCAGCACGAGAAUAAACUGGUUGGGAAGCCA